UGGCUGAAGCAGUCACAUUUCUGUGCUGCCAGCAGCCCAAGCCCCAGAGCCCUGUGUUGGCUGCUGGGGCAGCGCUGGGCCCAUGGAGAGACCAGUGAAGGAUGGCAUCCUCUAUGUACAGCACUGCAAAUUUGGAAAGCGGACCUGGAGGAAGAUGCGAGCACAGCUCUUUGCUGCCAGCCCCUUUGGUGUGGCCCGUAUGGAGAAGUUUGAUGCACGGGAUGACGGCACAGUGCCUGACACCUCCCUGAGGCGCUGCACCCGCCGUGUCAUCCGCCUGUCUGACUGUGUCUCCGUUGGCCCCAUGGGCACUGAGAACUGCCCCAAAGCCACUGCCGCCUUCUACCUCACCACUACGGAGAAGAACUACGUGCUGGCAGCUGACCAGCGGGAUGAGUGGAUCGAGCAGCUCUGCCAGCUGGCCUUUCAGGUCAAAAAAGAAGCAGCACAGAGUAGCAGCACUGGGCUGCAGCCCAUCCCUAUGGAGGAGAACUGCCUCUACUCCUCGUGGCAGGAUUUGACGGAGUUCCCAGUGCUGGUGCUGAGGACGGAGGCAGCCACCCGCUGCAAGCUGCACGGGCACUACGUGCUGGCAGCCCUGCCCCAGAGCCUGACACUGAAGGAUGCGCAGUCCCAGCAGCCCCUGCUCACCUGGCCCUACCCGUUCCUCCGCAAAUUCGGCCAAGAUCAGCAGAACAUCUUUUCCUUCGAGGCUGGCCGCCGCAGCGACUCAGGCGAGGGCACCUUCACCUUCAGCACCCCGCGAGCUCCAGAGCUGUGCCGGGCUGUGGCCACCGCUAUCGCCUGUCAGCAGCAGGGCCGGGAGAGCCCCCAGCCCCAACUGUCAGCCCAAGGCCUCAGUACCCAACCCUGGGGGGCAGAGGCUGAAGACCCCCAGCACAGCCCAACACUGGGGCGGGCACAGUCGGGCUCAUACUCGGCCUCGCAUCCAUCACCCAACCUUCUCCGCUUCCCCGCUGUGGAGCCGGAGGCUGCUGGUCCUAUAUUGUAUGCCUCCAUUGCACGGGGCCAGCAGCCCCACUUCACGCCGUGCCCUGGCAAGCCGCUCCCCGAGCAUCUCUAUGAGAACAUCUUCACGGCCCAGCCUCGGCCUCUGGCGGAGGAAGAGGAAGAGGAGGAGGAAGGGCGCUGGGAGCUGGGCUGUCGCCAGGCCCCCGAAGGCCACAGCAGCGAGGCCACCGUCUCCUACCCCGCCCGCAGCGCCCCCCAGCCCCACAGACAGCGCUGGGGGCCGGGAGGAAGCGGAGGAGACGCGGAGGAACGCUCCCGGCCGAAGCCUCAGCGCACCCUCCGGGCCAAACUGGUGCGGCUGCUGAGCCGGGACGGCCCCGGCGCGCGGGACUGGUCGUGAGCGGGAAUAAAGGCCGUGCACCGUCCGACCCCGGCACCGCACUCGGCCGCCAGAGGGCGCCGUAACACCCUCCGCCAUUGGUGUAAUCGAGCGGCGGCUCCGCCCCGCCCCGCUCCGGUCCUCUAUAAGCUCGCGCCGGUCGGGGAAGGGGGCGGUGCCCGUGUUCGAGUCCCCCAGCCGCCUGCUCUGCUCGCGCGUUGCGGCGCGAUUCGCUCGGCCCCGCAUCGCCGGGCAACCUUGCCCUGCCGCGG